AUGCGAUCGGGUCUCCCGAUCGUGGGUCUGCUGCUGCUUGGGACCCUCGUUUCGGCAGGUCGUGAGAAGGACGAUGAUGAAAAAAGCCCAAAACAAAGCGAAACAACGACCGCCUCCCCGUCAGAUGACACGACGACCCCAGACCCCGAUUUUCUCGAUGUCCGAAAAUUGAUUAGGGGCUCCAUCGACUCGCUCGCCGAACUGCCCAGCAGCCAACGACCAAAUCGAACCAACGAGCUGUACAAGCUUCUCGAACUGCCCGCCGCCAUUCUCCAGGACAUUGCCGGUGCACCGGUGGUGACCACCACCACGGAGAUGGCCAAGGUAUCCGACAGCGCAGCCCCUUUCGUGCAGCUAUCCUCAUGGGAAGAGGAAGAACGGGCCAGGCUGGAAGAAGCUCGUCGAAGGGAGGAGACGCUCAAACGGCUCGCCGUGGAGCGGAGGCUUAUCGAAGAGGCUCGCAUCCGGGCCGAAUCACAACGACGGGCCGCCGACGCUGAACGGCAACGAAUUGCCGCGGCACUGGAGUCAGUCCGACUGGCUGCUUCUAUGACCACCACCACUGUUACCACCCCGGCCGCCACCGGCUCCACCAAGCCCCCGUCCCCUUCCAUGUUCGGUCUCCCACCCAUCGAUUUCCACAGGCUAUUUGGUGCUCAACCCGGCCCGCAGUCUCCGGUCCUCCCGGCCGUGAAUCAAGGGGCAGGCCCUCAAUACGCCUAUCAGCCGGUGAUCCAGUCGGAUGGCACUACGUAUUACCAGCAAGUGCUCAUCGUCCCCAGCAGUCUGCCGAUGCCCCUCCCUGCUGCUCCACAGAACAAUAACACGGCCCAGACACCAACCACCGAGGCGCCAACCACCACCGAGACACCCUCGACCACCCCCGAAAAUAGCGUCGAGCUGGAGGCCCCGCGUAAACUGGACUUCCACAAAUCGGUGUCGACGAAGAAGAAGUUCAAAACGUACAGCUCGAAGACGGUGCAAACCGAUCAGCCGCUCAGCUCCGAGCACUCCGAGAAGACGAUGGAGGAGACGCUAGUGGAUGGAGAGCAGAGCGAUGAUAUGUUUCGUGAAGUGAAAAAGGGCCGCUCGACCCUGGUGACGACGAUGCUGCCCACACUCGAGGAGCAGCGCCGUGUCGCCCAGAUUUUUGCUGAUGAAUCGACGCCCACCACCGCAGCGUCGAGGCGGUUUUAUCGGGUGAAAGCCGUCUCGCCCUACUUUAUGCGAUCGACGGAUAAUGCGCGAAAGGGGAAACUGCUUGGACAGUUGAGACGCGAUCCGAACAUUGAAGGGGAAAGUCUAUCCGACGCCCCGCCCCCAAAAAAGCACCUGAAGCGCCGCAGGUCCUGGAGACGUGAGAUCCACCGUGCCACCACCGAGGUCCCGACAACAACAACGACCGCUGAAGUAGAGGAAGAGAUUAAUACUACAACCCAGGAACCCACGACGAAGCGCUUGAGGAAAAUGCGGCGUCUGGAGAUCAGAAGAAAACCCAUCACCAAGGACAUGAACGAACAAAAGCUGGCCGUGUCGAAAUGGAGAAAAGCGACCGCCGAGCGGGUCCAGAAGCAGUUCGAGCCUGAGCAAGACUUCAAAACAACGCCAACCACCACCACUACGCAAAAUCCACAACAGAUGGACGAGGCCAUCGACAACGCGGCUGAUGCGGUCGAGCGGGAGCUCGUCAGGACUAGGGCCGAGGCCAUGGAGAGCAUCACCACGGAGAAGCCCAAAAGGAAGCACAAGAAGCUGAGGAGACGCCAUAGGAAACAUAGAACGAUUGCUGCGAGCACGAGCUUCGGAGAACGCAGGAUGCCACAAGACGACGAAAAGAUGAUGACCAAACGUGGAGGCGCCCCUCUGGCUAUCCGCUCGAGCGAGGAUUUCAACAUGGCCAUGGAUGGAAUCGAAUCUCAAGAAGUCCAGACCCGACCCACCCCGACCACAACCACAGAAACGGCCACUGGAACCCCAGCGCUGGAUGAGAUUGAGAACAGACUGAAGAACGCGAAGGUAUCGAAAAACCGACGUGUAUCGGCGCGGAAAGGGGUCAGCCAAGAGGUAGAGGACGGUCGACUGCACACGUCACGUGAUUUGACAUCAUCCGAGGAACGGAUGCUGAUGGGCGACGAUCUGUCCCGCGAGAUCGAGCGGAUAUUCCAGGAGACGCGGGCGGCAAGAAGGAGGGGCGGGGCCCAUUCGCGAAGUGAAGGAGCCGCCGAGAAGCCAUUGAAGAAGCACAGGCGUAGGAGGCAUCGUCAGCGCGCUGCCAUCGUGACAACAACUGAGGCUCCGACGACGACAACAACUGCUGAAUUGACAACGGCUUCCGAUACUGGGCUCAAUUCCGGGGAGGAGCUGAGCCUUUCCCAGGCGAAUGGCAGAGAACCGAUCCACAUCACCCGACAUCACUGUAAGAACAUUCGCUCGUUUGCUUGGCAAUAUGGAAUGUCCGACGUCACCGACUUUGCACUGACCCAUUGCUCCUACAUCGAAAACUACUAUCCGACCCUGCCGUGCAGCCGAGCCGAGGAAUAUAUGGUCUACUGCCGCCAAUAUUAUAAGCAGAAU